UUUUUUUUUUUUUUAUUGUUUUACCUACGAAUGGUUAUUACUUUUACCUAUACCAUUAUCAGUAUUACAAGUUUUAUUUCGAAUUCGAUUUAACCCUUACUCUUUUAUUACUUUUGAAAAAACCAACUUACACUUUAUAGUUUUUUUUUCCACCCUGCUAUGCGCUCUGACUCUUUCAAAAACAAUCUAGUUCGUUAUUUGAUUAGCUUACCCUUCCGGCUUCACUUUUCUAACUUUUGGUCCUGACAUCCCUUACAUUUAAUUAUAUUUUUUUUUACACUACUCUUCAACUUUCUUUUUUUUAUUUAUAUAUUUUUAUUAUUCUUCUUAUUCUUCUUAUUCUCUUACUCCCACAAACUUCUUAUAUCAACCAACUCCAACUGCUGGUUCUCUCUCUCUCUCUCUCUCUCUCAAGUAUUAAAAAAAACAACAACAACAAAACAAUAACAACAUAUAAACACCAAAAAAAACAAACAAUAUACACAUUAUGAUCUACAAUCCUGUCUCUCCUCCACCUGCUCCUCCUCCCUCUGGUGCUAACUAUAGUGCUGAACAAGGCUGUUUUGAAGGUCCUGAAAAACUUUUGGAAAUUUGGUUCUCUCCUAAUCCUAUUAUCUCUACUUCUUCCUUACCAUCUGUGGAUGCAUGUGAUUCUGAUUUAUCUGAUAUCUCAACUCCUUCUACACCCAACAAUGAUACCUAUUGUGACAAGAACCUUCGUACCGUAGAAAAACCUGUAUGGGAUGCUAUGCUUGCUACUGUCAAAUGUACUGUCCUCAAUGUCAUUCAUAAUGCUCAUGUGGAUGCUUAUUUAUUAAGUGAAUCAUCCAUGUUUGUUUAUCCACAUAAAGUCAUCAUCAAGACAUGCGGUACUACUACUCUUUUACAUGCUUUACCUGGAAUCAUUAACAUUGCAAAAACUUACUGUGGUCUGGAUUCUGUUUAUCGUCUAUUCUAUUCUCGAAAAUCAUUCAUGUUUCCUGAAAAACAACCUGAUCCACAUCGUAGUUGGGACAAUGAAGUCAAAUACUUGGAUUCAUAUUUCGAUAAUGGCGCUGCUUAUAUCAUUGGUGAUACAAAUGCGGACGAAUGGUAUCUAUAUUUGACAACUCCGGUCUAUAACCAUCAACAAUAUCAAGGAUUCCAUGAACAACAAAUGCAACGAGUUAUCAAGGAAGAAGCUGAUGAUGAUAUUACAUGGAUGGGUCAAGAUGAUUGUACUUGGAGAAGAAUGGAUAACACCAAUACCGACCGUAGUGAUUAUUUCACCAGCAUUCAACAAAGACAACAACAAUCUCAUCAUCAACGAUUGGAUUAUCGAUCUCACGAUGAAACUGUUGAAAUCUUGAUGACUGGAUUAAACCCCAAGGCAAUGGAGGCAUUCUAUCAACAAGGUGAUGAACCUACUGGUAUUCCUGGCGGACGGCGUGUGGAUCAAUCAACUGGCUUACACAAACUUUACCCUGAUGCUCAAGUGGAUUCAUUUUUGUUUGAGCCUUGUGGCUAUUCUGCAAAUGGAUUGUUGGAUGAUGGUUAUUAUACCAUUCAUGUUACUCCUGAACCUCAAUGCUCUUAUGCUUCUUUUGAAACUACCAUUCCAUCUACCCCUAUCUCUCACCCUGGUAAAUCUUCCAAAGAUCAACGUACUGAUGCUCUUUGUUUAUUGAUUCGUCAAGUCAUCGAUAUCUUCCAACCAUCCAACUUUACUGUAACUUAUUUUGCUUCUCAAGGGAACAAAUAUUUGGCCGAUAGUGAAGAAGAAACUGAUUCAUCUUUGGACAAGACUGAUGUUGAACAAUUGGGUCGUAUGAUGGGAACUUUGGAUUCUUUCUCUGGUUACAGACGCAAGAAUAAGAUUCUUCAUAUUUUUGAAGGUUAUGACCUUGUUUUUGGUCAUUAUUCUCAAAUUUAGUAUUUUAGUAUAGUGGCUCUUUUUUUAUUUUAUUAUUUUAUUUUGGAAUUAAAAAAAAAAAAAUACGGCGUUCGAAAAUCUU